AUGAUUACCCUUAUCUUGUUUGGAAUUCUGGUGGUCUUGGGAGUAAUCAUUGGUCUCCUUGUUCAUUUUUUGGCAACUGAAAGGACCCACUAUUACCAAGGUAGCUUUCAUAUCUCUGGUGUCUCAGACAGUUAUGACUGUGGGAAGAGAGCUUCACAGAAAAGCAAAGCUCUGAUUGAAAAAAUAGAGAAUCUGAUAUCUGAUACAUUUUAUAAUUCCAGCAUAUCCAGAGAGUAUAUUAGCUCACAAGUCAUCCAACUACCUGCUGAGACCAAUGGUGUGAUGGCUAAAAUUUGGCUGGCAUUUAAGUUUGUUCUUGCAAAGAGGGAUGGCAUGAGGAGAAAAAUUCAAAAUAUCUUACAUCAGAUGCUAAAGGACAACAAAACAUCCUUGACCACAGAUCCCUCUUCUCUUAAGAUUAUGGAAAUCAGUGAAGAGGAUGCUGAAAAGCUUGUUAUCAACUGCUGCGGGAGACGACUAAGACUGUUGUCAGAUGACCUAAUCAUAGGAAAUAACAGAAUCAUAGGAGGAAAGCCUUCCAAGGAAGGAGAAUGGCCGUGGCAAGCCAGUCUAAAACUGAACGGUCAGCACGAGUGUGGGGCGUCUCUGAUCAGCAAUAAGUGGUUGGUGUCUGCAGCUCAUUGUUUCGCACGGCGUAAUGACACCAAAAAAUGGACUGUCGCUUUUGGAAAUGUGGUAAACCGUCCCUACAUGGAACGAAAUGUUAAGACCAUCAUUUUACAUGAAGAUUAUCGAUCUCCUCUGAUCCAUGAUGACAUUGCUUUGGUGGAACUUGCUAAAGAAGUCACUUUCACGAACAAUAUCCGUGCCAUUUGUCUUCCUGAAGCCACACAGAAUUUUUCAGCAGGUGAAAUGGCUGUUGUUACAGGAUGGGGAACACUUUCUAUGCAUGGACCUUUGCCACUGAUACUUCAACAAGCCACUGUACAAAUCAUUGAUACAGACACUUGCAAUGCCUCAGGGGCAUAUUCUGGUUCGAUUAAAAAUUCCAUGCUGUGUGCAGGAUAUAUGAGUGGAAAAAUUGAUGCCUGUCAGAAUGACUCUGGUGGACCACUAGCUUCACUUAGUUCUAGAGGUGUCUGGUACCUCAUUGGAAUAGUGAGCUGGGGAGAAGGAUGUGGUAAAGUGAACAAGCCAGGCGUCUACACCAGACUGACUUUCUACCGUGACUGGAUUACUAAAAAAACUGGAAUUUAA